GUCCUGGAAAAAUUGACUGCAUCAAUGAAAGGGCUGACUCCAUCUCUCAACUGCAGACUGUUUGUAACAUAGCUAAGAAAGAUGCAAACUAUAGCUGAAAAUGGAGAUCCCCCUUCUGAAAAACAAAAUGAGGAGAAAACAUAUAAAAAGACUGCAUCAUCAGCUAUCAAAGGUGCCAUACAAUUGGGAAUAGGAUACACAGUGGGUAACCUUACAUCUAAACCAGACAGAGAUGUACUUAUGCAAGAUUUCUAUGUAGUUGAAAGUGUAUUUCUUCCCAGUGAAGGAAGCAAUCUGACUCCUGCUCAUCAUUAUCCAGACUUUAGAUUUAAGACCUAUGCUCCUCUAGCUUUCCGUUACUUCAGAGAACUUUUUGGUAUUAAGCCUGAUGACUACUUGUAUUCAAUUUGCAGUGAACCAUUAAUAGAAUUAUCAAAUCCUGGUGCCAGUGGAUCCUUGUUCUUUGUCACUAGUGAUGAUGAAUUCAUAAUCAAAACAGUUCAACACAAAGAAGCAGAAUUCCUUCAGAAACUCUUGCCUGGCUACUACAUGAAUCUCAACCAGAACCCAAGGACGCUGUUACCCAAAUUUUAUGGCCUGUAUUGUGUUCAGUCGGGGGGUAUUAAUAUCAGGAUAGUUGUGAUGAACAAUAUUCUGCCUCGAGCACUGAAAAUGCAUUACAACUAUGACUUGAAAGGCUCUACAUACAAAAGGAGAGCAUCCCGAAAAGAACGAGAGAAGUCUAACCCCAUAUUUAAAGACUUGGAUUUCUUGCAAGAUUUGCAUGAAGGAUUAUAUUUUGACUCCGAAACCUACAGCGCAUUGAUGAAAACACUACAAAGGGAUUGCCGAGUGCUGGAAAGCUUUAAAAUCAUGGAUUAUAGUUUGUUGCUUGGCAUCCACAUCUUGGACAGCUCAGCAAAAGAAAGAGAAGGGGAGUUUUCUCAAAACACCUCUGAUCCUAAACGCCCAGGAGGACAAAAAGUUCUUUAUUCAACUGCUAUGGAAUCCAUUCAAGGUCCAGGAAAAUCAGGGGACUGUGUCAUCACAGAAAAUACCAAUACAAUGGGAGGCAUUCCAGCUAAAAGCUACAGAGGAGAAAAACUGCUGCUAUUUAUGGGCAUAAUUGAUAUCUUGCAGUCUUACAGGUUAAUAAAGAAGUUGGAGCAUUCUUGGAAAGCCCUCGUUUAUGAUGGAGAUACAGUUUCAGUCCACCGACCAAGUUUUUAUGCUGACAGGUUUUUAAAGUUUAUGAGUACCAGAGUAUUCAAAAAAAAUCAGAUUUUGAAGUCAUCUCCUUCCAAGAAACGAUGCAAUUCUAUUGCUGCUCUAAAAGCUACAUCACAAGAAUAUGUGUCAGUAGUUAGCCAAGACUGGAAAGAUGAAAAGCAUGAUUUUCUCACAGAAGGACAAAGUUACUGUAGCCUUGAUGAAGAAGUAUUAGCCUCCCGACAUCAUCCAGAUUUAGUGCCAAGCACAGCAUCUCUGUUUGAAGCCGCUUCUUUAGCAACCACAAUUUCUUCCUCUUCUCUCUACGUAGAUGACUCUUAUCAACAUGAUGGAACUAGGUUUUAUUCUAACAGUAAAGGGUUGCCUUCAAGUUCAACAUUCACUUUAGAAGACAGUGCCAUCUGCCUGACUUCAGAACAGAGCACGGUGGAAACUGAGACUGAUAAUGCCUCUGUCCUGGAUGUAUAUUUAUAACAGAAGAUGAAAGAAAACGAGCAUAUUUUAAUAAAUGCACUUUCUGCACUCCAGAUUUAUGAGGAGAAUUUUUUGUUCAGCCUGGUAAACAAAGUCUUAAUCAUCAGAGCUCUACAGAAAUCAUCAAAGCGGCUCGUGAACUGUAGACAUCCCACCCUAGACUCAGCAGAUGAAAUGGGAAACAUUCCACAAUUAAUCAUGGCCUGCUGUUGCCUGCUCAACUGUGAAGCCUUGCCUCUUCCAUCCUUUUAGCUGCUACUUCUACUUUCCUAUUGUCUUUUUAGGACUUGAAGGUGGUAUUUUCACUUGCAUGUAUUCAGUGAUCAUGGACAGAAAUAUCUAAUCCGCCUUUCCUAUUUAAAGAGCCAUCUUCACGGUGGUGACUAUUCUAUAAAUCAAUUCUGCUUUUCUCCCCUUCCCCCAGAAUUAUGAUUGCUCAUCUGUUAAUUUCAUACAAGAGUUUAGUAUGUCUGCACAUAACUUUAUGGAAACUAUCUUCUAUAAAGAAAUUUUCACUGUUUAUUAGUGAAAUAAAGAAGCUAUUUAUAACAAAGCCUUAUGUUUGUGUACAUAUAUUGUCUUUGAAAUAUUUGUGAUUAGAUAUAUUGCUUGUAAAGGAUAAAUUACAUAAUUUAUUUAGUAUAUUCUACUGUAAACUAUAGUUUUAUUGACAAAUAAAGUAUUUUGUUCUCAAAAUAAAUAUUGCUGAAAGUCUUUAAACUUAAUGGAUGUCUUUAUUUGCAUCAAAUUCCAUUUUUUUUAGGCUGCUAUGGUAUAUUAAGUGGUAUGAGAGGGGAAUUUACGUAAUCUUCUUUUUACACAGAAUAUGAUUGCAAAGUGGGAUGCUAAACCAA